CAACAUGUUAUUCGCUGAAGUCAGCGGAAAACUUUUAUUCUGUAAAAGUUGCAAAUUAAAUCGGAACACUUCAGUCGAAACUUCAACUUCAAUCCAAACAGAAACAGCAAAUAUCAUCAAUGCACCCACAAAGUGUAAAGCUGGCUAUGGCCCUGACAGACGUGGAAAUUGCAGAAAACUUUACAGCAGUUAGGAACACGCCAUAUUGCGUGGAAAAUUCAUCGAGGAUUUACACCAUUUGUUACACUUAAAAAAAGCUUUAUCACCUUAAAAUGUAAAUAUUUCGUAGCAAACGCGUCAUUUUCAUAAACACGCGUUGAUAAAAUUAGUUUGUAUUUAGUCUUACAUUCACCAAAAAUGAUAUCAAGAGAUUACCAAAAGCUGUACGGUGGUGUAUAAAACAGAAAUUUACAAGAUAAGAUUCGCACAUGGUGCGCUACUAAACUACUAAGGAAUCUAUCUAAUCAUUUUAUAUGCAAAAAUAUUGGGCGGUAUUAAAAGAACGACGGUUAUUAAUAAUACAUUAGAUUAAACAAGUGUUAUCAAGUUUUUGGGAAAGACUACGACAAAUCGAUAAGUCAAUUGAAGGCUGUUGAUAAGCUUCAACAGAUAACGCGGUAAAAUGCGUUAAUUUUUAAUUAAAACCUCAUAUCUUCAUAACUUGUUUGAUAGUCUUGUUGUCUUCUUGAUCGUCUUCCCUAGAGGUUUCUAAGAAAAGAAAAUAUGAAAAGUUUACAAGUUCUGGUAAUUCUUGUUGGAUUCUUCGUUUUUGCUGCUGUUUCCACAAAAGUUAUUUACUUCAAUCAUAAAAAAGCAGGAGAAGUCUUUAAGAAAGGCGGAAUAAUCUUCGUUCCGAAUGGAAAACCACGCUGUGGAGUCGCUAAAGUACCUGACGAACAUGGCAAUUGCCGUAAAAUUGUCAGGUUUUGAUCAGAACAAAAUUUAUUGAAAAUCAUUUAAGUCAUGAUGGAAAAGAAAAUAAUUAAAAAAGUUUCAACGAAAAAUGUCGACGGAAAAAAACGGAAACAUUAGUCAAUCAGCAAACACAAUAAAACGUUGAUGGUGUCGUCGAGAAGUGCUUCAACAAAAACGUUUUUAGUAUUUCACAGUGUUGAUUUAUGUAACCGAGAGUGGUCAUAUUUUAAUAUCCUGUUUUUGUUAUCACAAUUUUUACUGACAUGAACGACAAAACUCAUGCAUUUAAAAUUUAGUUUCAGCGUCUGCUUGCAGUGUAACAGCUUGUAGUGAAUUAGAUUUAAGUUUGAAAUAAAUUUUGUAUUUGAAAAUCGAACUUUUAGUUUAAGGAACAAACUCAAAAAAAAUUCUUUCGCUCUUUUAAACA